UGGACUUACAGCAUGGAAGAGAAUGACCAGAACCACAGGGAAGUGGAGCAGCACCAGGAGUCAGGGGACGAAUCCAACCGAGGGAUCCUGCUCCAGGCUCCAGGGAACCAUCAGCCCCACCACAGGGUUACCAACUUCUUCAUUGAUAACAUCCUGCGGCCGGAGUUCGGGAGAAGGAAAGAAGCCCACCAUGAUGAGUUCUACUUGGGCAGAGACAGUGUGGCUCGCUCUGGGUCCGAGCCCAACCAACACCGAGGCACUGCCACCGAAGGAGAAGGGGCAUCCAAAGCCAUCACUAACACCCCGGACAAGAAAAGUGAGGUGGCCAUGGAAGGAGCCCUCAAACCCAGAGGCUCCAGUGGAGACCUUUCCAUGAGCUCGGACUCCGAUAGUUCUCAAGCCAGCUCCACCACCAACAAGCAGGGUAUGCUGUGGCCAGCCUGGGUCUACUGUACCAGGUACUCAGACAGACCUUCAUCAGGUCCCAGAUCCCGAAAACCAAAGAAGAAGAUGGUCAGCAAAGAGGACAAAAGGCCCCGGACAGCGUUCACUGCGGAGCAGCUCCAAAGGCUCAAAGCUGAGUUUCAAACAAACAGGUAUUUGACCGAGCAGAGAAGACAAACUUUGGCUCAGGAACUGAAUCUUAACGAGUCUCAAAUUAAAAUUUGGUUUCAGAACAAACGAGCUAAAAUUAAAAAAGCGACAGGAAACAAAAACUCUCUGGCACUACAUCUGAUGGCACAAGGACUCUAUAACCACUCCACCACCUCCAAGGACAGCAAAUCAGACAGCGAAUAGAAGCAGAUGGUGGAGCAAAGAAAACGAGUCUUACAAUGCAAUAAUUUAAACAACAACAACAAAAACAACACACAAAUGUAAAAAAAAAGGCGAAAAAAAAGAUGACAAGGGCCAGUGUACAAAAAAAUAUACCAGCAACUUGCUUCUUUAUGGGGACAAAAAUUCGCAAUAUUAUAUGUAAAUAAUUUACAGGCAAAACUUAAA